GAGAAUUUUUCCAAUUGCAUUUGCAAUAACACCGGGGGAGUCGUUUGAUGACUGAGAUUUCUUUCUCUCUAGGUUAAAGAGGCAUGUGUGCCCCCAACCUGAUAUCUGUGUUAUUUGAGACCGGGGCGCCGGUAUACUAGCUGCAUUUGAUCGAGAGAGAAGCUUGUGGCAGCGCACACACCAUAGAUAUUGCCUAAGACACGUUGCUUCGAACUACUACAGGCAAUAUCCAUCUAAGAGCGAACGACGACAAGUGACCAACAUGGGGUAUGAAAUAAAUAAAGAUCGUUUUCAUGAGAUGUUGGCAAUUUUACGAUCCCAAAACGGAGAAGGGGCGGACUACCUUUGUAACAUACGUUUCGAAUAGUGGUCACAAGCAUACGACGGAGGCCUACGAUAUGGCCAUAUGACGUCGAACCUGGCAGAAUGCAUAAAUUCUGUUCUUAAAGGAACGCGCCAUCUACCGAUAACAUCGGUUAUACGAGAGACAUAUUUUCGUUUAGCGGCGCUAUUUCCAAAGCGAGUAGCAAGUUAUGCAGGCCAGAUGCAAUGUGGCCAUGUAUGGUGCAGUAAGGUAGUUCAAGAAAUUAACAAGGCGAAGGCGAGGGCAAACAUCAUGCACACAGUGUGUCACGAUCGAGACAAUUUAUGGUUUCGUGUGACGGAGUUUGACAGACCGCACCAAGGUGUUGUUGGCGGGCAAUAUCGUGUACACUUGCGAAACAGGACUUGUGACUGUGGGAAGUUUGAUGCACUUCGUUAUCCAUGCGCUCAUGUUAUUGCAGCUUGUCAGAAACUCCGUCUGGAUCCGAUGAGUUAUGUGGACGAAGUGUACAAAUUAGAAAACAUGUACAACGUAUGGAGACACGUUUUCCCACAUGUCCCAGAUGAACGUAAGUGGUUGUCCGUAUCUCUUGCUCCUUUUAAGCUGUUAUCGGAUAGAGAAUUGCAUCGCAAACCAAAGGAUCGACCUUGCUCCACUAGAAUACGGAACAAUAUGGAUAUCCGAGAAACAGCCAGUCAACAGAAGUUGUGCGGAUGGUGUAGGAACCCAUGCCAUACAAGUCGAUCAUGCCCUAAUCACAAUAGUUGAAUGUAAUUUUAAAAAAAAUAUAUUUUAUUCAAUUAUUAAU